GGAUUUUUAUCUCCCGUAGACAUCUAAAUCUUUCACAUUUGGGGGGGUUGGAGAAAAGAUGGAAGCUUGUUUGAGAUGUUCACGAGGAGGAAGCAAUCUAAUUGAAGCGUUGAGACCAAUCGGCAAAUUUUCCGGUUCUCUCCGGUCUUGUUCAUCUUCUUCUGUCUCUUUCAGCACCGAAGACAAGCGGGUGAAGAGAGCUUAUGAUGGUUUGUUGCUUGAUGCUGGAGGAACCCUUUUGCAAUUGUCGGAACCUGUACAUGAAACUUACGCCUCCUUGGGCCAAAAAUACGGUCUCAAGACAACUCCAGCUGAGAUAAAGCAAGGUUUCAAGAGAGCUUUUGCUUCUCCUUGGCCUGAGAAGUUGCGUUACCAGGGUGAUGGAAGACCCUUUUGGAAGCUCGUUGUUUCCGAAGCUACCGGUUGUUCUGAUAAUGACUACUUUGAAGAUGUCUACCAAUAUUACGCGAAUGGUGAGGCGUGGCAUCUCCCAGAAGGAGCUUAUGAGACAAUGUCACUACUGAAAAGUGCCGGAGUUAAGAUGGCUGUUGUAUCCAAUUUCGAUACCCGCCUUAGAAAGCUAUUGAAGGAUCUUAAUGUCAUAGAUAUGUUUGACGCUGUGAUUGUAUCCUCAGAAGUCGGAUACGAGAAGCCUGAUGACCGAAUCUUCAAAUGCGCUUUAGAGCAAAUCAGCGUAGAAGCAAACAGAGCAGUGCAUGUUGGAGAUGAUGAGGGAGCAGAUAAAGGCGGUGCAAACUCCGUCGGUAUUACUUGUUGGCUUUGGGGAAAAGAUGUGCAGACAUUCUCAGACAUACAAGAUCGGAUUUUGGUUUCAGAACACUAAGCUUCGAAGAGCUUGCCCAAUGUGGUUUUAGCUCUGGUCCAAUGGAGGUAUUGGAGCACUAUUGGAGUGUCUCUGGCAUUACUAAUACGGUUGGUCCUGCCAUGGCCAUUGAGACUCUUUAAGUAUCACCCAUUUGUUACCACUUACCACCCAGCUUAGGCAUUGGUAGUGUAAUAAGAAAAAGAAUCGUCUAUCUUCUUGAUUAGUAUUCAAACCAAAAUCGAAUUACAUUUACAGUGUCUUUACAAUCACAUGUUGCAAUACAAUACUAGUUAAUUUAUUGUUUGAAAAUUGAGACUAAAGAAGCGUCAAAUUGAUGUUUGAGUUUGUUAUAAAGUCUUGUGUUAUCUCGGUA